AUGACGGCCGGCGAAGAGGCGAAAACACCCAUGGCUGCUGAGCCCAAGGACGAGCAGCAGGCGCCAGUUGCUGAGAAUGAGAUGGUUCUGGAGGAGCCCUCUGAGAGGAACUCCAUCUCAGGCACGACCGUGACCGCGGGAUGGAAUCGGGCAAGGGAGACCGCUGCGAGUACGCCCGGCGGACAGGCCACCGUUUCAGAGUCAUCUGGUGAUGAGGAUGCCAUUUAUGCUCAUCUUCCGCCGAGCGAGAAGGAGAUCCUUAAGAAGCAGCUUGACAUCCCCUCAGUCAAGGUGUCUUUCUCCGGCCUCUAUCGCUACGCGUCCCGAACCGACUUGACCAUCAUUUCUGUCAGCGCAAUCUGCUCCAUUGCGGCUGGCGCAGCGUUGCCAUUGUUUACUAUCCUCUUCGGUAAUUUGGCUUCUGCCUUUCAAGGGAUUGUUCUGGGAACUAUCCCUUAUAAUGAGUUCGAGCACAAGUUGACGCACAAUGUUUUGUAUUUUAUAUAUCUUGGCAUCGCGGAAUUUGUGACGGUGUAUAUCAGCAUGGUAGGCUUCAUCUACACGGGCGAACACGUCACGCAGAAAAUCCGCGAGCACUAUUUGCAGGCCACCUUGAGACAGAACAUCGCCUACUUUGACAAGCUAGGCGCCGGCGAGAUCACCACCCGAAUCACGGCCGAUACAAAUCUCAUCCAGGAUGGUAUCUCUGAAAAGGUCGGCCUGACGUUGACUGCUGUUGCUACCUUCAUCACCGCCUUCAUCGUCGCUUACGUCAAGUACUGGAAACUGGCCCUCAUCUGUUCCUCGACCAUCGUCGCACUGAUCACCAUCAUGGCUGGCUGCUCGCGAUUCAUUGUCAAGUUCAGCAAGCAGUCUCUGGUCAGCUACGGCGCCGGGGGAACUGUCGCAGAGGAGGUCAUUAGUUCGAUCCGGAAUGCAACCGCUUUUGGGACUCAGGACAAAUUGGCUCGGCAGUUCGAGACGCACCUGGCAGAGGCAGAGAAAUGGGGCACAAAACUACAGAUUAUUCUUGGCAUGAUGAUCGGAUCAAUGUUCGGCAUCAUGUUCUUGAACUACGGCCUUGGAUUUUGGAUGGGCUCACGGUUUUUGGUAGAUGGCGAGGUCAAUGUCGGUGAUAUCCUGACGGUCCUGAUGUCUAUCCUGAUCGGCUCCUUCAGCCUGGGCAACGUCAGCCCGAACGCCCAGGCAUUUACCAAUUCGUUGGCCGCAGCGGUCAAGAUCUACGGCACCAUCGAUCGUGCCUCGCCCCUGGACCCGACCUCGGACGAAGGAGUGAAGCUCGACCAUAUCGACGGUACCAUCGAGCUCCAGGCCAUCAAACACAUCUAUCCUUCGCGACCUGAAGUUACUGUGAUGGACAACGUCUCCCUGAUGAUCCCUGCGGGAAAGACCACCGCCUUGGUUGGACCUUCUGGAUCGGGAAAGAGUACGAUUGUUGGGCUUGUCGAGCGUUUCUACACCCCUGUGAGCGGGUCUGUCCUACUUGACGGUCACGACAUCCAGGGACUGAACCUCCGUUGGUUGCGCCAGCAAAUCUCUUUGGUCAGCCAAGAGCCUGUUCUUUUCGGCACGACUAUCUUUGAGAACAUUCGUCAUGGUUUGAUCGGCACCCAGUAUGAGAACAGCUCGGGAGAAAUUGUCAAAGAGCUGAUCGAGAACGCUGCGAAGAUGGCAAAUGCCCAUGAUUUCAUCACCAGUCUGCCCGACGGGUACGAGACCAAUGUAGGCCAGCGAGGCUUUCUACUCUCCGGUGGCCAGAAACAGCGGAUUGCCAUUGCACGCGCAGUGGUCAGUGAUCCCAAGAUUCUCCUCCUUGACGAAGCCACCUCUGCAUUGGACACCAAGUCCGAGGAAGUCGUGCAAGCCGCUCUGGACAAGGCCGCGGAAGGUCGCACCACCAUCGUCAUUGCUCAUCGUUUGUCUACCAUCAAAUCCGCUCACAAUAUCGUGGUCCUUGUCGAGGGUCGGAUUACAGAGCAGGGCACGCAUGACGAGCUGGUGGACAACAAGGGUACAUACUUCAAACUCGUCGAGGCGCAGCGCAUCAACGAAGUGAAGGAAUCCGAAGAUCUGGAGGUGGAUGAGUCCGAGAGCGAAGAUGACACCGGGUUGACCAAGGAGCAGCUUGCACGGAUUCGAUCCACCGGCAGCGGCCCCCAAUCUGCGGAACUGGCUGAUGAGAAGCUGGUGGAGGACAACCUGGUUCGACGGACGGACACUAAAAAGUCGGUCUCGAGUGUCGUUCUCGCUAAGAAAGGCCCCGAGGCUCUUCGGAAAUACUCUCUCUGGACUCUCAUCAAGUUCAUUGCCUCGUUCAAUCGCCCAGAACUCCCGUUCAUGCUGGUCGGUUUGUUCUUCUCAAUCCUUGCUGGCGGCGGCCAGCCCACCCAGGCUGUGCUCUAUGCCAAGGCGAUUACCGCACUGUCCCUGCCCGCGACCGAGUACGCGAAGCUUAGACACGAUGCAAACUUCUGGUCUCUCAUGUUCCUCGUCGUGGGAAUCGUGCAGUUCUUCAAUUUCGCCAUCCACGGCACUGCCUUUGCCCUGAGCUCGGAGCGUCUGAUUCGCCGCGCCAGAAGCCAGGCCUUCCGAUCCAUGUUGCGUCAAGAUAUCUCCUUCUUCGACCGAGAGGAAAACAGCACCGGUGCCCUGACAUCUUUUCUUUCCACCGAAACGAAGCAUCUGUCUGGCGUCAGUGGAGCCACCCUUGGAACGAUCCUCAUGACCAGUACCACACUAGGUGCUGCUUUGAUCAUCUCUCUAUCCAUUGGCUGGAAGCUGGCUCUGGUCUGCACUUCUGUGGUCCCGGUUCUACUCGCCUGUGGUUUCUUCCGAUUCUGGAUGCUUGCUCAAUUCCAAGGCCGGUCCAAGGCUGCGUACGAGGCGUCUGCCAGCUAUGCCUGCGAGGCCACCUCGGCGAUUCGGACAGUAGCCUCCCUCACCCGGGAGCACGAUGUCUGGGAAGCUUACCACAUCCAGCUGGCAGGGCAACAGAGAAAGAGUUUGGUCUCGGUUAUCAAAUCAUCGCUGCUCUAUGCCGCUUCGCAGGCUCUGGUUUUCUUCUGCAUUGCGCUUGGGUUCUGGUACGGCGGAACGCUUUUGGGUCGUCAUGAGUAUUCCAUUUUCCGAUUCUUUGUGUGUUUCAGUGAGAUCAUUUUCGGUGCGCAAUCUGCCGGCACCGUCUUCUCAUUCUCCCCGGAUAUGGGUAAGGCAAAGAAUGCCGCGGCUGAAUUCAAGAAGCUGUUCGAUCGGAAGCCCACCAUCGACACGUGGUCCGAGGAUGGUGAAGUUCUUGAAUCCAUCGACGGUGCACUUGAAUUCAGAGAUGUGCAUUUUCGAUACCCGACCCGACCGGAGCAGCCUGUAUUGCGUGGCCUCAACUUGACCGUCAAACCUGGGCAGUAUAUCGCUCUCGUCGGCCCAAGUGGAUGUGGCAAGAGUACCACCAUUGCUCUCCUGGAGCGAUUCUACGAUGCUCUUUCUGGCGGCGUGUUUGUGGAUGGAAAGGACAUCACGCGGCUUAAUGUGAACUCCUACCGCAGUUAUCUGGCACUUGUCAGCCAAGAGCCGACUCUGUAUCAGGGUACUAUCAAGGACAACAUCUUGCUGGGAGUCCAGGCCGAUGACGUUCCUGAAGAGGCAAUCAUCAAGGCGUGCAAGGACGCCAACAUCUACGAUUUCAUCAUGUCUUUACCGUACGUUCCGUCCCCCUUCCCCCGGUACUUUAUAUCUGUUUUCCAUCUUCUUUCUAAUCAUCCUUCUAGUGAGGGAUUCAACACCGUUGUCGGUAGCAAGGGUGGCAUGCUUUCUGGUGGACAAAAGCAGCGAGUGGCGAUUGCUCGUGCCCUUCUCCGUGAUCCCAAGGUUCUCCUUCUGGACGAGGCCACCUCUGCCCUGGAUUCUGAAUCGGAGAAGGUGGUCCAGGCAGCCCUGGACGCGGCUGCCCGCGGCCGGACGACGAUUGCCGUGGCACACCGGUUGAGUACCAUCCAAAAGGCCGACAUUAUCUACGUUUUCGACCAAGGCAAGAUCGUCGAGAGCGGAACCCACCAUGAGCUGUUGCGCAACAAGGGCCGUUAUUACGAGCUGGUCAACCUUCAGAGCCUUGGCAAGACUCACUAA